AUGGGCUCUUCUCCAUUACUCUCUUUCCUUGUUCUCACUCUGAUGUUCUUGUUCGUCACCCCUUCCCAUUCUUCGGAGUACGAUGCUGCUCAGGAACCAGCGCCUCCCUUUACGUCCAGGAAAAUCUCUCGCAAUUCUGAGAAAGUUACAAUGUCUUUAUAUUAUGAAUCUCUUUGUCCAUAUUGCAGCAGUUUCAUUGUAGGUCCCCUAGCUCAGGUCCUGGAGACUGAUCUCAUGACCAUUCUCAAUCUCAGACUGGUUCCAUGGGGAAAUGCUAUUCUAGACUCCAACAGUACCAUUGAGUGUCAGCAUGGGGAAGAUGAAUGCUAUCUGAACAUCAUACAUACUUGUGCCAUCAACCUCUGGCCUGAUUUGAAGAAGCACUUCAAUUUCAUCAAGUGUAUCGAAAAGCAAUAUAAAGCUCCUGAUAGAAAUGGAGCAGAAGAAUCCUGGGAAGUAUGUUCUGGUAAAUUGAGACUGUCUACAAAAUCCAUUAAGAAAUGCUAUGACAGUGGACAUGGAAAAAAGCUUGUCCUACAAAAUGGAAAAGAAACAGAUCAUCUCAGACCGCCUCACGAAUACGUGCCAUGGGUGGUUGUAGAUGAUACACCUCUCCUCGAUGACUAUGUGAAUUUCAUUCACUAUGUUUGCAAGGCAUACAAAGGCAAGUCUUUGCCCAAGACUUGCAGUUCACAUCCCAACACCUCAAUUAACAAGGACACCUCACUCCAAUCAGCCUGUCAUGCAAGUGAAGCAAUGUCAGGUGACAGUUCAGGGAAGCACCAGAUGAAGAUGGAACCCCUUGCAUGAUUAUUAUACAUGCAUCCUUUUAUUAUAUAAUAAAAUAAAGGGAGUAUGUACCUGUGGCUUUCAAUUUCCCAGGCAUGGUUCUUGCACAAGGAACUCCCCAGGUGGAUUCCUGUAGCUCAUAAACCAUAGGGUGAUGUAAUUAGUGGUUCUGCAAGCAUAUAAAUGAAAGGGAAAAUGCAUUUAAUAAAGUUCCACUCCAUGUGCUGUGAUUUCGUA